UGUAAAGUCAAGAGAUAACGGUGGGGUCUUCAAAGUGAUAACAAAUGCCUGCAGUUUGUGAUAUAGGUUCCAAAAACCCGCUGGUACAAACUGACUUCACUUAUGCACUGUGCCGUAGGUGUCUCGGUCAGGAAUAACGUUUGUUUUAAGGUAAGAGUUACAUAUCAUUUCGUUUGCGUUUUUUUGUGUGUGGUAUUUUAAAGAUCUGAAUUUGGGCAAAUGGGACGUCGUGUGAAUUGCAAUCGUAAACUGUGUCUCAAAUUUCACUGCACCGUGAUUACACGCAGGGUGAUCUUUGUAAGAGAGAAUAUCGUGCAGUUGCACUGCUUGACUGUAAUUGAUUACAGGGAGAAGUUUACAGAGGCACUCAUCUCAUUCCCGGCACUAUGCAUGUUCGUACGUGUCGACUCAAGGACCGUUAUCUAAUCAUCCGAGAGUGUUGUACGUAAGCGCAAGGGAUCAAGUCCUGCCUCGGUCAGUACUUGGGUGCAUUGGAUCGAGUCCUGGCUUGCCUGGUACUGAGUGUAUGGGAUCAAGUCCUAUCUUGGCCAGUACUUGAGUGCAAGGGAUCGAGUCCUGCCUUGCUUUGUAAUUGAGAGUAUGGAAUCUAGUCCUAUCUGGGCCAGUACUCGAGUGCAUGGGAUAGAGUCCUGCCUUGGUCAGUACUUGAGUGCAUGGGAUCGAGUCCUGUCUUGGUCAGAACUUGAGUGCAUGGGAUCGAGUCCUGUCUUGGUUAGUACUUAAGUGCAUGGGAUGAAGUCCUGCAUUGGUCAGUACUUGAGUGCAGGGGAUGGAUCGAGUCCUAUCUUGGUCAGUACUUGAGUGCAUGGGUCGAGUCCUGCAUUGGUCAGUACUUGAGUACAUGGGACGAAGUCCUGCCUUGGUCAGCACUUGAGUGCAUGGGAUCGAGUCCUGCCUUGGUCAGCACUUGAGUGCAUGGGAUCGAGUCCUGCCUUGGUCAGUAUUUGAGUGCAUGGGAUAAAGUCCUGCCGUGGUCAGUACUUGAGUGCAUGGGAUAGAGUCCUGCCUUGGUCAGAAAUUGAGCGCAUGGGACGAAGUCCUGCCUUGGUCAGUACGUGAGUGCAUGGGAUCGAGUCCUGCCGUGGUCAGUUCUUGAGUGCAUGGGAUCGAUUCCUGCCUCGGCUGGUACUUAAGUUCAUGGGAUGAAGGCCUGCCCUGGUCAGUACUUGGGUGCAUGGGGUCCAAGGGUCAAUGACCUCAGAGCAGACACCAGGACAUAAGACUUUUGAGUGUCAUCACGAUAAAAUAGAUGAUUCUUAGGAAGGAUAAGGUCAAUUAUUUGCCCUCACCAUUAAAAAAAAAAAUAAAAAAAUAUGUCAUUUACAAUUUCAACACAACAAACAACUCCGCCCACCCCACCCCAAUAAUCACUGUCGUUCCACUGCUAUAUAUUUAAUUAAAGUGACGAAAACCUCACAGGUUAUAAAAAUACAUAUUGCCAUACGAAACAAAUCGAACCAAACAAAGGCUGUGUGAAAUUAAAUUCCCCGGCUGGUCCCGUGACUAAUUCGGGCGCCAUGAAUGAACAGUGGCCCACUUAUCAUCUACUUAUCAUGGUGACCAGAAUACUAAUUAGUAACCCAAUUACGUUCGAGCAGUGAGUGACUUCACAUGUCUCACUUUACAAUUAAGCCCCUGCUAUAAUUCCUUCUCAUGUACCCCAUGUACACCUUCACACCCCACCAUACUGUCCACCUUCACAUCCCACCCUGCUGCCCACCUUCACACCCCAUCCCUGCUGUCCAACCUUCACACCCCAUCCCUGCUGUCCACCUUCACACCCAUCCCUCUGUCCACCUUCACACCCCAUCCCUGCUGUCCACCUUCACAUCCCACCCUUCUGUCCACCUUCACACCCCAUCCCUGUUGUCCACCUUCACAUCCCAAACCCCGCUGUCCACCUUCACACCACAACCCCCCCCCCCCCCCCCCCCCCCCCCCUCAUCCCACACCCCGCUGUCCCCCUUCACCCCACCACCCCCCCCCCGCUGCCCCCCCCCCUUUUUUCUCUUUAGAGUUCCCUUUUUGCUCCAGACUGCACCUAGCUAAAAAAAAAACUGACCCCACACCUACAACGGAGUGUCACCAUAAGCCAAACGGAUCAAAAGAACAAUACAGAAAGAAUGACUUGACUCAGUGUUGACAUUGACUCAGUGUUGACAAAGGACGAUAUCUCCCAGUAUACAGACUCUUAAACUAACAGACCCCAGGACGGUUGUCGUCCCUGACCGCUCCACUGCCCCUGGUCCUGGUUUACAAUAGACUAGAGACAGAAGCUUUUCCGUUAUUCAAUAGAGACAAGGGCAGGGGCGGAUCGUGGUAAAAAACAACAACACCCCACCAGACUCGUGCACUUGCUGACAUUUUUACUCCGCAUAUAAAUAAUGUGUACAGUGUCGGUUAAUGUACAUUGAUUUCUUUGCCAUCCCGGUUCCUCCCCCUGAUUUAUUUUUGUAUCCGGUGAUCAAAUGAUUUUUAGGCCUAUGCUGUGCCCUCGGGUGCGUCGAGUGAGCUGUGGCGCUGAGUGAUACCGGGAAAGGGGCCGAGUGGCUAAAAGAAGCAGUUCUGACUUCUUCCCGUAGCAAACAUUGAAGGGCUAUCGGCUUCACGCGUUUUCUUUCAUCUUAUUUAUUAUUGUCACCGUACUACAUGUUCAAUCAUUUAUUAUUGUCACCGUACUACAUGUUCAAUCAUUUAUUAUUGUCACCGUACUACAUGUUCAAUCAUUUAUUGUCACCGUGCUACAUGUUCACGGGGCUCGAAUGUCUCCCCAGCCCGGCUGUACUACAAUCACCAUCCGUGAACAAUACGAUCGACAGCUGCGUCCCUAUCUACGUUGACUGUACCCAGAGCCUCAGACACCUUCAAAAUCCGAUCAUGCAAUACGCUAAGGGGAAAUUAGAUUGUAUAACACGUGAUAAUUUUUAAAGUCACGAUCGCAGUGGUGGAUUCACUCUAAGAUCAAACGAAACCAGGUCUUCGUGCAGCAUUACCCAGAGAGGUGGCAUAAGAUCAGUUCAUUGCAAUAUUAAGGAGAUUUAUCCAACAGACAAAAAAAAAUAUAAAUACAUUUUCUUUACAUCUAUAUGCAGAACAUCACAGAGGCUGCAUUUAGAAAUAGCCUAAUCUAUUUAAAGUGUAUCUUUAUUAAAUGGCUGCUUCUCCUGGGCAUUACCUUCUGGAAGUUGAGUUCUCAUUUUAAAAAAAAAAAAUUAUUAUUAGUAAUAUUUUAAUUUUUUUUUUUUUUGGUGGGGGGGGGGGGGGGGGCAAUUUAAUUCGCUUUGGAAAUGCAGCGGGAAGACCUGUUCUCCAGUGUUUGUUUUUUUUAAACAACCUUUUGGAUGUUCACAUCAAUUCUAUUUUUGGGUACUAGUUUAAGAAAAAGUUUCUUUUGAUAAAUUUGUAAAAGAAAAAAAAAAUUGGUGGGGAUGGGAUGGGUGGGAGAAGUAGUCAAUCAAAGAUUCUUACAAAAGGCGCCAUAACAGCGAGCGUUAUUGGUGAAUUAGAUGAAGAGAGUGAGAGCAGUUAGAAAGUCCAUAUAAACUGUUUAACUGAUCUGCUGUUUUGUUUUACUUCGCUCCUUUUGUCCCGACUCCCCAUAAUUCUGUUUCAACUUGGUCGGAAUACUUAGGGCUAAAAAACGGUUCAGCAAAUGUUAUUUAUUUAGGCAUUUUUAAAUAGCGCUUACAUUAAAGCUCUAAGCGCUUUACAAUUAUUAAAAACAUGUAAACUAACUAAAAUAAAAAUGAGACAUUAGGAUACUACUAUACUAUAGAAACAAUUAAAAUGGCUAUAAAACGAGGACACUUUGGCACGUUUUGGCCUAUAUUACAGGAUUAACCCGAGACAGAAAAUGAGGCAGGGCAAGGAGGGUACAUCACAGGUCAUAGGCGGACCUAAACAGAUGGUUUUUAAGGGACUUUUUAAAAGUGGACGAGGUUUCACAAUGACGGAUAUGGAAGGGGAGCUGGUUCCAGAACGUGCGCCCAUGGAAGUAGAAGGAGCGUUCACCGAUGGUCUUAGUUUUGGUUCUUGGGAUUGAGAGGGUUCUAUUGUCAGUGGAAGAGCGUAGUUAUCAGAGUUCCAGUUUCAUAUCAUAUGUAAAGUCAUUGAUGGCCAAAUAUAAUCCAUGUCCUUUCGUUUGACUUAGCCGAAAAUGCUGCCCACCCCUAAGUAGAGAACUAAAGUGCCGCCCCCCCCCCUUUUCCUACGCCACUGGAUAAAGUUACAAUAGAAAUAAUCUUCUGAAAUAUCAAGGACUGUUAUGGUCUCCAGCGGAUUUGAGGGUAAACUCACAUACACAUAUUUUGUUUUGUUACAGAGUUUUAGAAAGAUAAUGGACAGCUGUGACGAGCAACACGGACAACAAGGUGAGCUGGAGGCACAUGCCACCACGCAUCCAGACGAUAGAGCUCCCGGGGAUCCCAACACAACGGCUGACCGUGUCGAGUAUAACGAAACAUUCAAAGGUGAUGGUGACACCCCUCGAGAUGCCAAUGAAGACCCGCACACGACAGAAGAUGACACGAAGGAAAUAUUACUGGACGGCAAACCAAUCUCAGCAGAGUUUUCGGAACCGGAAGCGCCAGACGGCGGUUACGGUUGGUUUGUCGUCCUCGGCUGCUUCCUGUCGCACGUGCUCAACGGGGGGCUGGAGCGCUGCGACGGCGUGUUCUACCUUCAGUUCUUGUCCAAGUACGGCCACGGCGCCCAACUGACCGCUUGGCCGGGUGCUGUCGUCUCCACCAUCAGGCUGUUCCUCGGGCCGGCCGCGAGCGCCGUUUGCAACCUCUACAGCGUCAGGACGUCGGUCAUGUGUGGCGGGCUCCUCAUGACGGUCGGGUGCAUUCUCAACGGGUUCGCCCCAAAUUUUUAUUUUCUCUUCUUCUCGCACGCCUUUGUCUCGGGCGUUGGGAGAGGAUUCACGUACGCCCCAGGAAUUUUUAUUCUGGGGAUGUACUUCAACAAGAAACGGGGUCUAGCCGCAGGACUGGGUUCGUCAGGAGUCGGGGUGGGGACAUUCCUUAUAGUUCCCCUGGCUCAGUACCUAUUUGAUGAGUAUGGUUUCGAAGGAGCUUUCCUCAUCAUGGGUGGCAUCUCCUUCCAUAUGCUUCUAAUCGCCAUGAUGUAUCGGCCUUUGAGUAUGAACGCUAAGUUCAAAAGAAAUCAUCUCCAGAGGGAGAAGAAGAAGAAAACGCCGAUAGACGUCGACCAUGAAGAAAGUUUUGUUCUGGUCAAGGUCCGCAAAGCCCCUCAUACAGAGAGACCCAAUCUCGUGCGUUCUACCUCCAGGAAAAGUGUGGACGGCGAGGAAAGGAUGGACGUCUCUGACAGUAUCACGAGCAAAAAGGCGGAAGGGGCGUCUCAAAGAAAGGUGAAACGCGAAACAAAGAAAAACUGUUUAAAAUCGUCGUUAAAAAUAUGUUUCCCAAAAGAGUACAAUGACAAGAGCGGCGGGUCUCCUCGGCGCAUUUUCCAUUUCUACCUAUUAAAAAACUGGUCCUUCCUGAUGUACUGCAUCAGCAUCGGCCUGUUCACGAUGGCUUUCAAAGCGGCCUUCACCUUCAUACCCGCCCUCGUGAAAUCAAAAGGGAUACCGCAAUCGCAAGCGGCGCUGGUGCUAUCGAUAACCGGUGUCCUUGACACCGUCGGCCGGAUAGCCGCCGGGGCUCUGUUCGACCUACCCGGGCUGCGGAGAAUCCGCCCGUUCCUGUACAACGUGGUCAUGUUUGCGGUCGCCGGGGUCGCCUUCGUGCUGCCUUCGCUGAGCACGUUCCCGGCGUUCUGCGCGGUGUGCGGCGUGUACGGCAUGCUGACCGGCGCCUACGUGUCCCAAAAGUCCGUCAUAACCGUGGACAUCCUGGGCGCGACCCACGUGGCCAGUUCAUUCGGGAUAUUGAUAUUCUUCCAGGGGCUCGGGACUCUUUUGGGCCCACCCUUGUCGGGGGCCCUCAAAGAUCACUUCGGGAACUACGAUGAGGCAUUUUACCUUGGCGGCGGGUGCAUGUACGGCGCGGCAAUCUUCAUGAUUGUCAGCAACAUAUUUCUCAGAAUACAAAGGCGAAACAUGAAGAAACGUCAGGUCCAUGAAAUUAGUUAAUACUUAUUAAAACAUUAGUCGUAGAGUAUAUGUACAACCACUGUCAGAGGAACGAAGGCGGUUCUACGACCAUAAAUAACGCUAUUUAUAUAUUAGUGGUCAAGAGUGUAUGUAAAACGACUGGUAUAGGAAGGUGGUGGGCGAUCCGCCGCCCCCCGGGUGGCAUAUUUGUUCAAUUUGUUGAGGGGGAGGGGAGCAUAAAAGAAAUCUAGGCCUGCCAGGACAACUCUACAUGUGGUCAACCCAGUAAAACUAUAUACGAGGGAGAGCAGGGUAUAAAAACAUUGGUGGUACACCUAGACGAUGACAGUCACUGCAGUACAUCAUGACAAUGGCAGGGCAUCAUGACAGUGACACCACAUCAAAACAGUGUCUGCAUAAUUUUUGUCAUUACAAGCAGAGAUCAAAGCAUUGCAGAUAAUCCAAUUAAAGCAAUCCAGUAUUCAUUGCAUGCAAAUUAAAAUCUCUGCUCAAUGAGUCAAAAUUGAUCAGAUCCAAGUGUGUCCCAUCUACUAGACCAGAGUGACAUACAAUAAAAGGAACUCAACCACAAGCUACUGGUGUUUCAGUGAAAUUGUUUUCAUAGGAAGACUCCAUCUUUACAAACUAGUCUUUGUUAAGAAUGUGGAGAAAUUUGAAAAUAAAAUAUUUGUAUAUGUGAUGUCAACUUGUAUCUGUGAUGUCAGCUUGUAUCUGUGAUGUCAGCUGGUAUCUGUGAUGUCAGCUUGUAUCAUGAUGCCAGUUUGUAUAUGUGAUGUCAGCUUUAAUUUGUGAUGUCAGCUUGAAUCUGUGAUGUCAGUUUGUAUAUGUGAUGUCAGUUUGUAUCUGUCAUGCCAGCUGGUAUUUGUGAUGUCAGAUUCUUUCUGAUCCUAAUAAAUCAAUGAUCAAUGAGAAUU